AUGCCGACGACGCUUCAACCCCCUGAUCAUCCGAUCGCCCUGCGUCGCACGCAUCUCAUCGCCCCCGGCCCAGAUCGCCUCACCAACACUCCCACCACCCUCACCAUCACCCGCACCAACGCCCUCUCCGGCCGCGGCUUUAUCAUCCACCACCUCCGCAUGCACGAGCCCUACGACAGCCCCACCCGCCGCGCGCUCCUCUACACCGUCACCGGCAAAUUCUGGAGUGGCACCCAGGCCCGGGAGAUUCGAGACGCCGCCGGUCGACCACUGCUCGAAUUGCGGCGCAACUGGUGGCAGCGCGAAUGGAGUGUCAAGCGCGCGGGCGCCGCUGCGGGCAGUCUGGGUGGAAGCGGUGGCGGAGGUGGAGGUGGGAAUAGCAGCGAAGAGCUGAUGGGCGCGGAGAUGCGCUGGAGUACCGGGUCCAAGACGAAAAUGGCGGUUCGCGUGAAGAAUGCGUUGUUAACUGGCGCCGGCCCUGGACGACGGGGAGGAGCAGGAGCAGGAGCAGGAGCAGGAGGAGGAGGAGGAGGAGGAGGAGGAGGAGGAGGAGGUGGUGGUGGUGGUGGUGGUGGCGUCUAUGGCGAUUAUCCCCCCGAUGAAGAAUUCCUCCGCAGCGAGUAUUACCCAUCGUAUAACCACACGCGCACCGGUGGUCGAGGCGGGGCUCGCCGAUCCCAGUAUCAUCAAUAUCGCCGGUGGGCGUCCCCGCCCCCACCGUACACCGCGACAGCCACCUCCAACCCGACAUCCAACCCGGGCGUGUCCAGCGCCAAUCACUCGAUUCGUCGGCGGCACUCCACCGACACGGUCAGCUCAAGGAGUGUCCAUUUACCCUCGUACGCGUCUGCGCAUCGACGGUCCACGCAUUCCUUGCGAGAGUUGCUCGAAGCCGUAGAACCGCCGGCGGAACCCGCCCCAGCGACGAGUUUUGCCUACUCGUUCCCUCCCGCGAGACGGUAUUCCGAGGCCGCCGUGGGUGAACAUGUGGAUCUGCGGGUGAUCCAGAUGAGUACCACGGUGGCGGCCGUGAUGAUGGGCGAGAAGAAGAUCGUGUCGAUUCGACGGGAAAAGAAGAUGGAUUUCAAGUUGGGAGGGUUGAUGGAUCGGUGGGAGGUGGGCAUUGCCGAGGGAGUAGAUUUGUUAUUGGCUGUCAGCAUCGUAUUGAUCAUGGCCGAAUUUGUCCGACACGACUACCGCGUGCGAAUCAAAUAG